CUUUGUCAGUGGAGAAAGCUGGAAGGUGGGAUCCGGAGCCUGGGAGCCCAGCGGCUGCGAGUGUGCUUGCCCUGCCCUCGUGCACCUGCUCUCUGUGGUCAUCUUCGCACGGGGCUGCCCCUUGAGCGGGCUUAGCACUUCCCGCCAGCUUCCCUGGGACCUGAGCACAGUGUGGACAUGAUGGACGUCACCAAGCAGAAGGACUGCUAGAUGAAGCUGAAGAAGUUUUUGCACUACUGCUACAGCACCAAGUACUAAGCGGGUCCUCAAGUUCACCAGCCUCGAGUUCUGUGACACCAGAACAUCCCUUCAUGGAACCUCCUGACAUUGUAAAAAACAGCCUUGGGGAGAAAACUACUGGCCUGAUGAUGCUCUGCUGGCUAAACCCAAAGUGCCCAAGUCCCGCCUGAUGUGUGUGAAGGACAGCUACACUGACUUCCGCAUCGGUUCAGGAGGUGUCUCUGCCUGGUUCCACAUGCUCAGGGGUGAGAAGAUCUGUCUCAUGAAGCCGGCCUCGGCGCCCUCCUCCCUUUACGAGUUCUGCCAUUCGGCCUCCAACAACAGUGAGAUGUUCUUUGUCGACCAGGAUGAAAAUGAGGCUCUCGCUUUUGGAUUGGUUUAUAUGCCUCAGGUUCUCAGAAAUCUGGGAAGCAGCUGCUGCCUCAUUGAGUCCAAGAAGCUGAAAUUCUCAAUGGAGCUUGCAGAUCAUGGACUGAAAAACAGGUCAUAAAUAAUGCACUUCAGGAGAACUCAAACUACUAUCUUGAAGGAGCCUAAGUACUGCAAGAACCACAAAUGGCUGUUUUCAGGUUAUCAAAUUUUAAUAACAUUAUUUUGCUACCAUGCUGCAUCUAUCCUGUUAAAGUGAAUAUUCCAAGAAAUUUUAUGUGAUUAUAAAACAAAAAGACUCUUCUCAAAGUGAUGAACCAAAGCCAGUCUCUCUCUUUGUAGCAGCACUCAGCAACCACUAAAUUUGUGUUUUAAAUCCUAAGCAUGCAACAGUGCUUCCUCAAGCAAGAGUAGAAAAAGCACAAAGUAAGUAUAGUGGGGAAUGAAACAAAACAUCACCUGAAAUUAAUCUGAUACAUAUUGAUGUCUCUCCCAACAAUAUCAUCAAGUGAUAACAGUCUUGAAGGUUGGUGACUUCUCAAAUGGCUGUGAUGACAAUGACUUUUACACAUAGCUGAGUUGAAUCUUUGAGGUAUUCUCUUUUGUGUUCUGGUAUCAUUGUUGUCAGUUUUCUCUUAUCAUGGAUUGUUUAAUUCUAAAUGCAUACAUAUGUACUCUCUUGCAUGGCUCCCAGUAAAAGCUUAAUAUAUAUGGAAUGAAUGAGUGAUAUUAAAAGAUCAAGGUCUUUGUCCUUGUGGAUCACACCCCCUUUAUCUAGUGUAUGGAUGAGUGGAGGAAUGGGGAUAAAA